UUCAAAUUUUGGUGUUGGUUAAUGACUAAUAUUUUGAGUAAAUUAAUUGAAACAAUAUGUCGCCAAAGUGACCUCUUUUGUGUAGAUUAAUUUAUUUAAAUAUUAGGAUGGUUGUGUGUUUGUAAUUGAUGCUUAUAUUGACUAACCCAAAGGUAAGUGAAUAUUUUGCUAGAUUUCAAACAUACCAGUGGCGAUAAAUGUGUGACAAUUAUAAGGUAUUUUGUGUGAGCAAUACGUUAAUCCAAAGAUUGACCUAUUGUUUGGCACAGUUUUAUUGUCAAUGUUUGAUUGCUACACCAAGAGUACCGCUUACAGUUAAUAUUACUGUCCAAAGACUUGAUAUUAAUGUGUGUUUGGUAUCUUGAGAUGGGAUUAACCAAUUUUUGAAUGUAUUGUUUUGUUAUGCAUAUUAAUGUGAGCUUGUUUUAUUUGUUCUAUAUUCAGCUAGUUCAUCUUCUGCUGCCUCAAUAUCUGCUAACAUUAAUUCUAUUCCUAUGCUUAAUGGGACCAAUUUCAAGGAUUGGAAAAGGAACCUACUUAUAGUUCUGGGAUGUAUGGAUUUGGACCAUGCACUAAGGAAUGAACAACCUGCACCUCUCACUAAGGAAAGUUCCCAUGAUGAUAAAAGGGAAUUUGAGAGGUGGGAUCGUUCAAAUCGCAUGAGUCUAAUGAUUAUGAAACACAGCAUUCCAGAAGCCUUUUGGGGCACAGAAUCCGAAGGGGUUACUAUGGCUAAGAAUUUCCUUGAACAAAUUGAGGAACGUUUUGCUAAAAACGAUAAGGUUGAAAUGACAACACUUCUUGGUUCUUUAAUGAACAUGAAGUAUAAGGGUCAAGGAAAUGUAAGGGAGUACAUUAUGAAAAUGCAUCAUAUUGUCUCAAGAUUAAGGACACUUAAGAUUGAGCUUUCAGAUGAUGUACUUGUACUCAUGGUUUUGUUAACGCUUCCUCCACAGUUUAACCAAUUUAAAAUUAGUUACAACUGUCAAAAAGAGAAAUGGACUCUCAACGAGCUUAUUUCUCAUUGUGUGCAAGAGGAAGAAAGGUUGAAAAAGGACAAAACCGAAAGUGCUCAUUUGGCCACUACCCCUAAGGAUAAGGGCAAGAAAAGGAAAUUUGAGAAUGAAGCUGCUAAGGGUCCAGUUCAAAUAUCAACCUGGACAUGUGAAGAAAGAUUGUGCCAAAUAUCACGCAUGGCGUGUAAAGAAAGGGUUGCCUGAGCUACCGAAAGCCAAGUGAUGGUGAAAGAUACAUCUUUGUGGGCGAUGGACAAUCGGUAGAAGUGGAAGCAAUUGGGCAUUUCAGAUUGUUAUUAGGAACUGGUUUUUAUUUGGAUUUGAAAGACACUUUUGUUGUGCCGUCUUUUAGACGGAAUUUAGUUUUCGUUUCUUUGUUGGACAAAUUUGGAUAUUCUUGUUCAUUUGGAAACAAUCAGUUUACUUUGUCUUUAAAUUCAAAUAUUAUUGGAACUGGUUAUUUGAAUA